AUGUCUUCACAGAAUCAAGAUGUCGCAUCCUCACCUGCCAUUACUGCAAAACAGAGGCCAAGGUUUUUGCGUGCUCUCACUUCGCCACUGCCAGCCCUCAACGCGUUUGCUGCACAAAUCGCUGGCGAUUCUGCUGCAACCACCCACCCUAUUCAAUUAAGACCCACAGAUUCUAUCCAUGACCAAACAGACAACAGUGAUCUUCAGGAUCAAUCAUCAAAAUCAAAAUCCAGAUCUCCUGCGCAACUCCGCACUGACCAACAAUCGUCAUCUAGCCUGCAGGACACCGUGCUACGCUCAUUCUCUUCAUCUCUCCUCCCCUCCUUUCUUCCAUCCACUUCAAGCUCGGCCUCAAAUGGACCUACAUCUCCUACAAGCCCAACACAUCCUCGAAAACCUGUCACAGAAAUGCUACUGAAGGGGGGUCGCUGGGCUAGAGGACAGACGUCAAAUUGGACACCUAGUUUCGCCUCAGAUUCCUCAAGCUCGCUAAGGUCUGUGCAGCGACGCCCAUCAGAUUGCGUGAAGCGUCCGACUACAUUGGACCAAGGGGAACACAAUUACAGGGAUGGGUGUGCAAGCCUUGGCCUAGAUACAAUCUCUGUUGCUGCCAACCUGGACUAUGAUCAAACAGGACUGCAUUCGAGUGUGAACCAUCUCAAGGAAAAUGGCGCGCGGGCUAGACGGGUUUCCGAAAGUAGUCAAAAUAUAAACACUACACCAUUCAAACAGACCGGCUUUAUGAUUGCAGAGCGACUGUCAGAAUUUGCUCAAAGAAUAAGUUCCCGGUUACCCAAUGUAGAGCAAAUGCCAACGCCAUCACCAUCUGAAAGUUCAGAUUCAUCAUACGCAAAUUUUACAUCUCCAUUGCUCCUAGAAAGGGGUAUGCCUGAGAUGCUUGUAUCAGACGGACCUCGCCUUGCCUGUUUGGAGUCAGAACAGACCUGCAGUUUCAAAACAUGGGAUGAUUACUUGGAGCUUUACGGAGAAGGGCGAUUUCCCAACAACCAGAAUCAACACCAUCCACAUCCUCUUCUAGGAUCUACUUAUCCUCAUUUUCCAGAAUAUGUUAAAGAAACAGAGAUGCCAAAUCCUCCCCCCUUCCUUGCUCCACCUCUUCCUCCUUGUGAAGAGAAACGCCUUCGGGCACUUUACAGUUUCCAAGCGCUUGAUAGCGGUAGCGACCUGAAUUUUCAGAGAGUUGCUCAGCUAGUAUCAACUGUCUUGGGAGUAAAAGGCUGUAUGAUCUGUCUUGUAGAUCAUCGAAGGGUUGCUAUCAAGGCUCAAUAUCAGGCAGAAAAUAUGGAGUGUAACCGAGAAUUCUCACUAAGUGGACAUGCCAUUUUGAGGCACCGUGACGAUCCUCUGAUUAUCUUGGAUGCCUCCAAGGACUGGAGGUUCAAAAAUUUGCCUGCCGUCGUUAGUGGGCCAAAGGUACGUUUUUAUGCAGGCGCUGCACUCGCGACAUCGGACGGACUUAACAUCGGGUCUUUGUGUAUCAUUGAUCCUGAGCCUCGUGCAGAGUUUACAGAUCAACAAAAGAGACUUCUGAUCGAUUUCGCCGCCGUUGUUAUGAGGGAGAUGGAGCACUGGAACGAUCAAGUGCAACUUUGUACUCGAACUCGAAUGAUGCGCGAUAUCACUCGCUGGGUCCGUGGUUGCCUGGAUAUGGAUUCGAGCGACGUGAAUGCCCGUUCUCACCAGGUAAUAGGACGUUCACUCGACACAACCCUAUCUCCUUCAACUGCAGCGACUGUAGCUGCGUCGGCUGCCAUUUCAGCCCUACCUCUAGCUGAUCCUGUAAAGACAGUUAUUCCCUCGUCAUCCGACCCAAACCUCCCCACGCCUUCCAGUUCCCCUAUGCUUAUCACCACAAAUAUAAACUCAGAUUCGACUCCAAGUUCAUCGACAUCGAGAACAGCAGUCACUCGGGGUCGACUUCAAGAUGAAGCGUUCCCUGUUGCAUGUAGCAUGAUUCAGGGAACUUUGAUAGUUGACGCUGUCUAUCUCGUCCAAGUUUCGCCAAGUAAAUCUUUUAUUCCUGCGAAUGAAUCAAGCGUUGUCUGGAACUACCUUGGUGUGGGCACUCGUCCAAAAGGCGCCAUCGGAACCGUCGGCGGCGAUGAACCUGUCAUGGACAUGUCCGAUUGGACAUUGACAUGUCUUGCUUCGUCCGCAAAGCCGACUGAGCCAGGUAUAUUUCCAAAUCUCGGCAAAUCUACGCAGCACGUCCGGCGUGAGGGCAAGUCUUUGAUCUGUGCGGACGGAGGGUGUCGGCCACACCGUGUUGGCGAGCUACAUGCAGAUGCAGUGGAGCCUCAUUUCGAAAGAGACAAACCUAUAAUCUCUGAAAUGCUCCGCUAUGUUCGACAAGAAAAGAAGCCUCCACCACACAAGCCAAGCAAAUGUCCUCUCUAUGUGGUAUCGCAAAACUUUGAUGGCCACGAGAUAGACCCAACGACGAUAAAUGAUACCAGCCAGAAUCCAGCCAUUAAGCGCAUAAGCUUGCUCUGCCAUACUUUCCAAAGUACACUCCAGGAACUAAAAGCGGGUAAGGGUUCCCCAUUCAAGUCGAGUAUCGUUAUGCCCAUUCGUGGAGCUUCAUCAUCAUCAUCCAACUAUACAAGGACAUCAUCUGAGGAACCCUGGGCAUAUUUUGUGGUCCUGACCUCGUCGUAUACAAAACAGUUUACAAUCCACGAACGAAUGUAUCUCAAGAAUUUUGGGUCGUGCUUGAUCACAGAAGUACUGAAGGAACGUAUGGAAGCAGCUGACAAAGCCAAAGGAGUUUUUAUCAAAAGCAUUUCUCAUGAGCUUAGGACGCCACUUCAUAUUAUUUUGGGCACUCUAGAGCUACUCUACAACAAUCCGAAUGAAACUCUGAAUGACCAUCAAUUAUCCUUAAUUGCAUCUGCUGAGGCCUCUGGUAAAGGGCUGAUUGACACUAUCAACAACAUUAUUGACCUAGCCGAUCUGGAUCCGGAAGAAAACUCUGGAUUUGAAGGCGCCUCUCGCCGAUCAAGCUCACUACCAGAACUUUACACACAUGUUGCAGAAGUUGAUAUCCGAGAUCUUUGUGAACAAGUCGCUGGCUCAACGGCGAAAGCCUGUUUAGACAAAAACAUAAUAGUCACUCCUACAUGGUCUAAUAAGAGCAAUUCAGUACCACUCUCGGAUUCUGCUUCAGGAUCUACAUCGCAUGCCAGCGCUACAGCCACGAACACGCACUCUACCUCGGAUUCAUUGCAUGUUCUCCAUAACGGGUCUUUGCCAGAGGAAUAUGCAAAUAGCGAACGCUCGUCGGUCGAAUCCCAGAAUGCAUUUGCCAAUGCAGGGCUUCGCUCGGAGCAAAAGCCCACUCUGGAAUUGCUGGUAGCCAUGGAUGAACCGGAGAAGGAUCCAAGUCGAGAGACUGCCUGGAACUUCUUGCUCAAUUUGCCUGUGACCAAGCGUAUCCUGACCCAGCUUCUAGAAAAUGCGCUCAAGUUUACCACGACAGGUUUUGUGGAGAUCUCUGCAGUAUCACCACCACUAUCUACUUUGCCUCUCAAACCUCCUAACCCUGACGCACGCCCGAUUCUGUUCACAGUCCGAGAUACUGGACGGGGUAUUUCACCCGAGUUUGUUCAAGCACAUCUUUUCCAGCGUUUCACCCAAGAGGAUCCUCUGCAAGUUGGUACAGGACUCGGCUUAGCUCUUGUGAAGCUUUUGGUGGAGAGCUUAGGUGGGUGGCUUGAGAUUUGGAGUGAAGGUAUUGAGGGUAAAGGAUGUGUGGUCCGAGUCUUGAUCUGGGCUACACCUGUCGACAACGUCAUCAAAUCCCUCAAAGAUGAACCAGGUGCAUGGCAAGAAAAAUCUUGUCGUUUCUACACUGGCGAGUCGGCGGUCAGCACAGAUCGUCUUUGGAAAAUCAUGGGAGAACGGAUGAUGUGCCAGGACCUUAACAUGAAUGUCGAGAGGGGCAACGAACAAGAUAUUAGUCCAGAAGAUAUGCUGAAGAACCUGAGUGAUCACUCGCCUUGCGAUCUUCUGAUCUUCAAUGACGACUUAAUAAGGCUUAAGGCGUACCUUUUGCAUUUGGUGGAUCGGCAUGCUGCUGCUGAAGUAAAUGGUGUUGCUCCAUCGAAAGCACCAACACCGCUACUGAUGUUGACGUCUGCUGCGACAGCAAAGAAGGCUCGACAUCUCGUUGAUGCUUACAAAGUCGCUUGGAAGGAGCGUGGGCAUCUGGAUUAUCCUGCGAACGUAGUGUUAAUGCCCAAACCUAUUGGACCUCUCAAGCUCAUGCGCUGCCUUUACACCUGCUUCGAGCCUAUCAAUAUCAACGAUCAUUUGCAAUCUAUAGAGGCUGCAGAAACAUCUGCAAAACGAUUUAACCCUCCUCCGUUGACUAGGUCAGCCACUGUUCCCCAUAUCACCACGAUGGCUUUAAGUACUCACGACAACAGACCACUAUCUGCAGGGACGAUGGUCAAGUCGUCUUUCAAGUUUCCGACUUCGACAUUAGCGAUGAUCGACAUAGGUGAUCUCUCGACCUCUUCAUAUUCAACCAAUGGAUUGGUUCCACGACGAGCAAGUUCCUCAGUUGGAUCAGAUGAUUUUGUUUCAACUUCAAGUACGAAUGGUUCAUCGAUGUCGUCAAAGUCCAAGCCUCCACGUUCAAUCCGGGGCUUUGCAGGGCAUAAAAAAGACACGACUAAGGUUCGUAGCAAGAAACAGCCCUUGUCAGAAGAGGCCGUCGCGGAAGUAGCAGCUACGGCUACGGUCGUGGAAGAGCAGCGGACUACUGAUGCGGAUGGGCAUACUCUCGUCUCGCGUGGUGUUGAAUAUACGGACCAACUGGGAGCACUUAAGCCUGUUCCACGCGUAUUAAUCGUGGAAGACAAUGUCACAAACCGCAUGAUCCUGCGAACGUUCUUAAAAAAGCGUGGUGUAUCUGUUGUGGAGGCUGAAAAUGGCAAGCUCGGUGUAGAACGGUUCCAAGAGGAAGUCUGGAGACGACAAGGUCGAUCAGGUUUUGAAUUUGUGUUGAUGGACUUGCAGAUGCCCGUAAUGGAUGGUAAUCUUGCGACGAAACGUAUACGCGAAUUUGAGCAGAGUAUGGUGAAGCAGCAUGGACUUUCGAUGCCUGAAUCUAAUACUCAAGAUGAUGAUGAUGAUGAUAUAUCAGAUGAGAAGAGGCAGAAAAAGAGCGUGCCAACGUCUGAAAUACGAGGCUACCGACCUACUGCGAUCUUUGCGCUGACAGGUCUAGCAGGAGAAGAGGACAAGCGGCUAGCAUUUGAGAGUGGUGUGGAUGGGUACUUGACUAAGCCUGUCAGCCUGAAGACCCUGGGCGCGUUACUGUCCAGUUUUCAUCCAAGUCAUUCAGAACAAAGCAACCCUUAG